UUUCUCUUUUUUGCAGAUGGUCCUGUAUCAGUUGGAAUGAGUCUGGAUAUUGCAAGCAUUGAUACAAUAUCAGAAAUAAAUAUGGACUACACAGCUACCAUAUUUCUUAGGCAGCGAUGGACUGAUGAGAGACUUUGUUUUGAUGGUAAUAAGAGUUUAAGCUUAGAUGGUCGGCUUGUGGAAAUGCUUUGGGUACCAGAUACCUUCAUAGUUGAUUCAAAAAAAUCUUUUCUUCAUGAUAUCACUGUUGAGAAUCGUCUUAUAAGAAUAUACCCUAAUGGAACAGUCUUGUAUGCUCUGAGGAUCACCACAACUGUUGCAUGCAGCAUGGAUCUGACCAAAUAUCCCAUGGAUAAACAGACGUGUACUUUGCAACUGGAAAGCUGGGGUUAUAACAUCAAUGAUGUCAUGUUUUACUGGACUAGAGGAAAUGAUUCAGUUCGAGGUUUGGACACACUCCAACUGGCACAAUAUACAGUAGAAGACCACUUUACCUCCGUAUCUGAAGCGGUAUAUGAGACAGGACGUUACCCUAAACUAGUGUUUCACUUUGAACUCAAGAGAAACAUCUUAUAUUUCAUACUAGAGACCUAUGUACCAUCAGUUCUGCUGGUUGUGCUCUCCUGGGUAUCAUUUUGGAUAAGCCAGUCGUCAGUUCCAGCCAGAAUCUGCAUAGGUGUUACCACAGUCCUUACUAUGACCACACUGAUGAUGGGAGCCAGGACUUCACUCCCAAAUGCUAAUUGCUUUAUCAAGGCAAUUGAUGUGUACCUCGGUAUCUGCUUCAGUUUCAUCUUUGGAGCACUGUUAGAGUAUGCUGUGGCUCAUUUCUGCACUCUUCAUCGACUCAGUUCAAAGGAACUUCCAAAGGAUGAGGAUGAAGAGGCUGAAGAAGAGAAGAAUGGAGUCCUGGCAAAAGUCGCUAACAGUUGCAGUGCCCCUGAUGAUACGAACAAGAACGAUUCAAACAAGAAUAGCAAAACCAGUAUCAAUGGAAAAAGGGAGAGAAGUAAACACAGUGGUUGUAGUUCACCAAUGUCCAUAAUGAAAAGACUUUUCUGUAUCUUUGAUUGCUUCCAUGUUAAAAAUCCUUACCACAUAGACAACUAUGCCAGAUUUUCCUUCCCGUUAUCAUUCAUCAUAAUUAAUGUAUUUUAUUGGGUAUAUUAUUUGUAUUUCUAA